UUCGGCACACGCAAAGCCGUCCGCGGACGACUUCGAACGAUCUUUCGCGCGUCAUGCCGGACGUGAUGUGCGGAACGUGCGCGGAAGCCCCUGCGGCGGUCGUGCGCGUGGAAUCCCAAACCGGCGUCGCGCUGUGCGCGUGCGCGCGGUGCGAUACGAGGCAAACGGCGAAGCGCGGCAGUGGACGAUCGACGACGCAACGCGUCGGAUUGAGACAAGCGAGUGGGAAUGGCUCGGACGAACUUUCGUGCGAUGUGUGCCAAAUGAAUCCGGCGUACGUGAUUUGUCACGAGGACCGGGCGUUUUUGUGCCGCGUGUGCGACGUGAGCAUUCACGAGGCGAACGCGACGUCCAGGAAGCAUCAGAGAUUUUUGUUCGCGAACACCAGAGUCGAGCUCGAGGCGAUGGGCGCGGGUGAAGAAGCUGGGACAAGAAUGUCUCCGAGUGAUAGCGCCGCCGAGCACACGGUGCCGCAGUUUGAGCAAGAGGAGGUUGGGAGAAAGAGAAAGUACAACAGACAACAGAAGGCAUCUGUGCCUUCUGAAGACGCAACCGUGCCGUCAAUCGAUGAUUUGGCGCCGGGAGUGUUCGAGAACUUCAUGACAGGCUUGCUCGGCGAGGAGGAGGGUCGCAAGCACAUGGAGAAAUCCACGGCGGAUGAGAACAAUUUCUGGGGAGACAUAUUCUCGGAGAAUUGGGCUGCCAUGGACGGCAUGAUGGACGAUGAGCUGGCCGUUCCGAAUUUCGAUCAACAAGUUCCGACGAACGCCAUGUACUAAAAUUUUUUCUCUGAUUCUUCCCUCGGAGUUUCGCAUGCCUGAGACAUCGAACGUGUACAAUGAUUGCUGCUUGGAAAUCGAACGUCUCAUUCACAAGACCUACCGUAGAUCAAUAACAUAGAACGAGUUAGGGUGCAUUUUUCAGCGGACCGCACCACGCAACUCUCAAUAACAACCUAAAAUCCCAUGAAAAUUACAA